AUGGCUGCUGCUGCUGGUGCUGCUACUCUGGGGGAAGUUGGAAGUGUCUUGCACGGCAUCGACGGUGUCGCACACGUCGGGUCUCAUUUCUUCCUCGCGCCUGUCGGGGAGAGCCCGACGCUGCUGGGGGAGCACCUCAUACCUGGGGACAGAUUCUCGGAUUUAACGCACCUCAAAGGGAUUCUCAGGAGGAGGCAGUUAUACUGCAGAACUGGAUUUCAUCUGGAAAUACUUCCGGAUGGUACAGUACAAGGGACGAGGAAGGACCACAGCCGUUUUGGUAUUUUGGAAUUCAUAAGCCUGGCUGUUGGAUUGAUAAGCAUUAAAGGGGUGGACAGUGGACUCUAUCUGGGGAUGAAUGACAAAGGAGAGCUGUAUGGCUCUAAGAAGCUCACAGCUGAAUGUGUCUUCAGGGAGCAGUUUGAGGAGAACUGGUACAACACAUACUCGUCCAACCUCUACAAGCAUGGAGACAAAGGGACACGUUACUUUGUGGCAUUAAAUAAAGAUGGGACACCAAGGGAUGGGACUAAAUCCAGACGCCACCAAAAAUUUACACACUUCUUGCCCAGACCUGUGGACCCUGAGCGCGUGCCAGAGCUGUACAGGGAUAUCCUGGGACACAGCUGAGAGCUGGAGGCUGGGUCCAGAUCAGGAAUAGCUGCUUAAAGCCCUGGCAGGCAGUCGGGGAGU